UUCAUCGGCAAGAUGAACGAACGUGUUGGACUGUAUUCCUUCCUAUUGGCAUUGCUCUACGCCCGAGCUCUCGCACAACUCUGCGAUGACAUGUCGUGUCCCUAUCUCAACGACGACACCGAAACUUCUGCUCCUAUUGUCAUCGGCGGCCUCUUCUCUGUCUACCAACAGAAAGAAAGGACGUCUACAGGCGAUGUCUACUGUUCUCGCGACCCAAAAUGGCGUAGGUACGGCCUCCCGGCCAUGCAUCGUUUUGGUGUCGAACAGACGGAAGCUCUGGCGCUCGCCGUUGAUCAAAUCAACUCGGAUUCGACGCUUUUGGAUGGUAUUUCGCUCGGAUUUACUGUACGCGACACAUGUGGCGUUCUCAGUUGUCUCACUUGUCGACAGGAAGUCAGUCAGUCGUUGGUGAGGCAGCCCAAUGCGACGGCGUUCGUGAUUGGUCCUUACUAUGGCGACAUCCUAACUGACAAUUCGUUAUUGCUGACUGAUCCUAAACCGGGGUACGUCACCAGUGUGUUAGAGGAGCUAUCACAUACACAGCAAGGUGUGUUUCCAAUAUUGGAUAUGAGAGAGAGACCAGACAGCAACUCGCUUAAUUUGAGGGAGAACGUCCGAUAUGUUAGUCGGUCGUGUGACCUACAGGCACGAGCUGCUCUCGACUUUGCUUCGAAGUCUGGAUGGAAGGCAAUUGCUGUAAUAGUGAGUGGGGACAAUUGUGGGCUAAACAGCCUCGACGUGUUACAAGGCAUCGUUACGGAUCGCGACGACGAUGAGCUCAGAGUUUUGUUUUAUGAAGAAGAGACAGACACAGAGAGAGUGAGGUCAAGGACGUUUGAUACAGACAUUGUAUCGUUCCUAACACCAAACACGGUUUUGGAUCAACUGGUAGACGAGGAUGUCAACGCAGUCGUCAUCUUGUCAUCGAUCGAAUUCACGUACAAAUUGCUGUCCGAUUUGUAUACGAGAAGUCGUGAGGUGAUACCCAAUUUCACGUUCUUGUUUGGCGAUUUCUGGGGCGAUCCUCAAAACGCCGACGAUCUCUACGCCUUGAUGGUGACAUUGGUGGGAAACGCUACUCGGGUGUUUGCUCUUCGUGCGGACGUCGGUGGAUACGAGAAAUUCCAGGAGCAUCUCAGGAAUGUGACAUCAUCAUCGAGGGAACUUAAUCGUAAUAGAUUUUUACAACAAUAUUGGGUCGAGAACGUCGGUAAUGGAUCGCGACUGAAAGUCGAGGAUCGUCCUGUUCUUCGUAACACGGUCGCUCUUUUGGUCAUCGAUGCUGUAUACGCAGCUGCCGCAUACAUUCAACACUUUCUCGCGACGACUUCCAUCUCGACUAUCGAAUUCAAGGACGAUAAUAGGUUUGCUCCGUUGAACGUAACAAGUUGGACUGGGAAUGUUGUCGUGUUUGAUCAGACGGCAGGCAGUUACGUUGAAGUCGUAGAUUGGAAGUACGAUUAUCUCUUGUUAAAACAAGUCGUUGGCGAAAACAACACCAAACGGUUGAUAUCAACUCACUACGGACAGUGGAUUUUGGGUGACGAUCGAGAUAAAGUGACGAAUGGUACGGAUGAGCCUGACGAGACUGACAAGCCUGACGAGACUGAUGAGCCUGAUGAGCUACGAUCCUCAAUGCCUCCUUCAAUGUUAGCCUGUUCGUUUGACGACAUACGGGCUCUGGUAUCGUUGCCCGUGGUUACGCUCACGCUGUUAUGUAUCAUGAGCGUGUGCUACAGCGUAGCGAAUGGAUGGAUUUCGGCAUGGAAAAACGUUUCAAGUCUCGGUGGCUCGAUCCUCCUGAUGGUGACAACCGCGUCUAUUCUCACAUCCAUUCUGAUUACCACCGACUCUGUCUCUGCCCUAUCGUGUGAUCCACUCGUUGCUGACUUUUUUGUGAAUGUCGUUGGUUGUGCAUUCGGUGCUCUCCUUUUGGUGGCGGCUCUCGAAAAGGGAGCCGGAAAGACGAUGAAGCGUCUUGUGUUUCAGAUCUUGACAUUUUUGAUUGUAUUUGCUGUGCAGGUUGUCGUGUCGGUGAUCGCCAGUUUUACGACAUCUGUUCGUGGGAAUGAGACUGAGAGUGAUGAGAUGGGCAUCCAUCCUUGUGUUGAUGCUAGAGAUGAUACUCUGGUGUAUGUGGCUCAUGUCUAUAAUCUCAUCGUUGUCGUCGUCUUUGCAUUUGUGUGUCUCGUUACAUUCGUACGAUUGAGGAUACAGAAGAGAGAGUCUCGAUUUGGAGCGACUGUGUUGGCAGCGAUUGCUCUCGUUGUGUCAUCGGUUGUACUCGAGUUUGUGUUUAUGUUGACUGGGAGUUGUAUCGUUCAGGCUCGUUUGCUUGUGUUGUUGGCUCUCUAUCCGGCGUUUGUGACGCUGUGUUUUGUAUCGACGCCCAUGCUUUGUUAUUGUUGUCCGAAGGUUUUGAGUAGGAUCAGAAUGGGGAGUGCUCGUGGAACAUACGAUGCUGAGAUGUUUCCGAGAUUGUAUGAUUAUGGUGAUCUCGAGGAGCAAAUAGUGGACGUUCUUGUAAAGCCGAGUCAACUGCAAGUGCAUGCGAAGAUCGGAGCAGGUAAUUUUGCUGAAGUAUUCAAAGGGACAUUGAAGGGUUCAUUGGUUGCUCUCAAGGCAGUACGAGAUCCAAUGCAGCAGUCCGAAGUGAAGGCAUUUUUAAAAGAAGGCCUGGAAAUGAAAGGUUUCAAACAUCCCAACGUAAUGGAACUAUACGGCAUAUGCUGGUCAAGCGAAGUGACUCACGCACGUCACGUCUCACCGUUUAUCGUACUGCCAUACAUGGAACUGGGAGAUUUGAAGAACCACCUGAGAAGAUGCAGACCAAAACGAUACAUAAAAGCUCGGAUGGUGGGAAACAAGCCACAAUUAUUGAAUGACUCUGCAUCCAUAACGACCAUAGAGUUGGUCUCAUUCGGUCGUCAAAUAGCCGAGGGUAUGGACUACAUCUCAAACAAAAGGAUCAUUCAUCGAGAUCUGGCUGCAAGGAACUGCAUGGUGAACUGGGAUUUGCAGAUCAAAGUCUCUGACUUCGGUCUCUCCCGCACAAUGAAAGAGGGACAAAACUAUUAUCGGAUGGGGCAGGGCGGUCAACUACCAAUACGUUGGCUGGCACUCGAGAGCCUUCUUGACUUCACUUUCAGUACGGAGUCAGACGUGUGGUCGUAUGGUGUGACUUUGUGGGAGGUGAUGACAUUGGCUCAGUUGCCCUACCCGGCCAUUUCGAAUCAAGAUAUAUUGCCCACACUGAAACGAGGUGAACGACUGCAACGGCCUGAGGAGUGUCCACUGGAGAUAUACGACAUCAUGACAUCAUGUUGGUGUGUCGACCCUCAGGAUCGCAUAACGUUCUCCGAAAUCAUCGAACGUCUUGAUAACCACCUGAAAGAGCAAGCCAACUACGUCGAACUAUACAAUCCCGACAGGUCGGAGGAUCCCUAUGUCAACUGGAAACCGUUCCAUGAGCCAUCGCUGCACAAGGACGAAGACGCCGAUCCCGACAGUCACCAGGAACAAUCUCCAAACAACAAGAAGGAAAUUGUUUUUGAGUGUGGAGAGAUAGAGAAGGUGAGUGCUGAUGAGUCGAAGGAGCAUGUCAAUGAUGAGAUGACUGAAUGCAUUACCGUGUGAUCCUGAUUUGGUGCAUAAAUUAGUCUAGUUGUAAUACAGAUUAUAUAUGUAGUGCACGUGAUGAGGUGCACGUGAUGAUUGUCUAGAGAUAAGUUAUUUCACUUUUUAUGUUUUUAUUUAAUGAAUGCGGCUACUCGAGUUAGUUAGCACUGAUUUACGAAGAAGACACUGUCUAUUGAUAUCAAAUGUGGAGUUUUUGAAAUAAUUGAAGCGAAAUAUAUUGUUGUGGUCAUUUGUA